GUUGGAGCCAAAUUCUGCCGUCCUUGGCGUGAGUAAAAGAAGUGCGUAAAAGAAGUGUGUUCUUAGAAAAACUGGAAGGCGGCUUGCGAUGGCUCGCAAAAAACGUAAGAUUGGAAGUUCAAGCACAGAGACUGUGACCAAAAAGGCGAAAACAGGCGAAUCAAAAAGAGAAACAACGCCGCCUGCAGCCAGCGAUGGAGGUGACGCCGAUGGGCCCUACAUUUUCAUUGAACAUUGCAAAUCAUGAUCCGUGUUCAAGCGCAAGGCUGCAGAGGUCCACGCGGAACUUUGUGCGCUUGCGCCCGAACACAACUUCCAGCUGGUGUUGAACGAUAGUGGUACACCACGCCGCGGAGCUUUCGAGAUUGCUGUUGCCAAGACAAAUAAGGGAGAAAAGGUGUCGGUGUGGUCCGGCCUACCAAAGGGACCGCCAAGGAAAAAUAAGUUUCCAGACGUUAAAGCGCUGCUUGAAGAUGUCUUAAAGGCACUAAAGUAGUUGCGCAUCGCUAGUGCCAUUCUCGCUACGCCUCUAUGUUGGUGGUGCGGUGUGCUUCAAAGUGUAACCACCCUCCAUGUUAUGCCGUAUGGUGAUUUCGUAGAAAACCGCAAAACGGUCUGCGUCAUCGGAAGUUUCGCUAACACUAGGAUGGUCUCGGUUUGAGGCGAAACGCAUUUCAUCAAUAUGUAAAGAAACAAAUUGCGGGAGAAAUAUAAUCUACAAGCUAACGGCUAA